GGACCUUCAGGAUCACAGUUCGGUAUUUUAGCUUGUUUAUUAGUAGAAGUAUUUCAGAGUUGGCAGAUGUACAGACGACCAUUUAUAGCAGUUCUAAAACUUGCCAUUCCAAUCUUUAUACUGUUUAUACUUGGACUAUUACCCUGGUUUGAUAACUGGGCACAUUUAUUUGGAUUUAUGUUUGGCUUAUUAAUAGCCUUUGCUUUUAUGCCUUAUCUCAAAUUUGGACUAAUUGAUAGAAGACGCAAAAUAAUUGGUAUAAUAGUUUCACUAUGUUUAUCAUUAGCUCUCUAUAUCAUAUUAAUUCUAGUGAUGUAUGUGAUGCCAGUACGUGACUGUGAACUUUGUCAGUAUUUUAACUGCAUUCCAUUUACAUCUGAUUUUUGUGAAAAUAUGGGUGUGUCAAUUAAGAGAAACUCAACCUACAAUUCAUUUUAA